AUGUCUCAAUCACAAGCUAUUCGAUUUCGUUACUUUCCUCUUCGACUGUCAGCAAUCUUCUCACCCACCACAGUUGGCCUUCGUUCUUCCACAGCUAUGACUUCUGUUCAUUUUAAUUCACGUUAUUAUUCAAAUAGUAAUAUUUCAAGUGGUCACAUUCGUGAUUCCGAUUCCACUUUUUCCAAGAAGGAAAAAGCUGUUGAGGAUCAGUGGAUUCGUACUCAUGAUGCUGAAAAAAUAAAACAUCUUAAAGAAGAACUUGACAAACAAAAAAAGAAACUCGAGGAACUUGAAGAUAAAUUUGAUAAACUUGAUGAUAAAAAGAAAGAUUAA